AAAGCUUCUGGUUGGAUGGCAUGGGCAUGCUUUGGGUGUAACUCCAAUGCUUAGGGUACUUAGGGAGCUUUAUCCUGUUCUUUAUCAGCCCGCUUCUUCCUGACUCACCGUCUGUAUUUGUCUACUUCAUUUCCAAUUACUCGGAUCGUUCAUCAUACUUCUUUGUUGCCCGUCUUCUGCGCUAUAACCAGCACUCAGCAGUCAGAUCUGGGUACACAUCAAGACCCUGUCAUACCACCGCCGCUCCUCUCAGACAAAUCCCGCUGUAGUUUUUGACUCAGCGAGAUAGUUCAUCCGGCGAAGACAUGCCUCUUUCCCAUUUAACCUUGACCGUUUCCCACCUCCCUACCUCCACAUCUUUUUUUCUUUCCUGCCUACAGCCCCUAGGAUAUAAAUUCAUUGGUCGCCAUGACGACUACAUUGGAUUUGGGCAAGACUCCAACGAGCCCGCGGACUUCUGGAUAACCGAGCAAAAGCCGGGAUGCCCCGCCGGCGCCGCUCAUGUUGCGUUCCCCGCACCUUCAAAGGAUGCUGUCAACUCGUUUUUCAUCUGUGCACUCAAAGCGGGAGGGAAACUCCAUGGAGAGCCCAAGACUCGCGACUCUCAGUCAGGCUACUUUAGCGCUGCUGUCAUGGAUAUGGAUGGAAAUAGCAUUGAGGCUGUAUAUCGUCCCGACACAGACAUGAGAAGCAGCAGCGGCAGCACCGUUAGCGGCAGUACCGUGGCCAGAUCAGCCGUGAGCAAAUCUGCUCUUGCACUGCUCGAGAAUGGCUCGGUCGUAUCGAAAGCCAGCAGUGCCAAGUCCAAUGCCAAAUCUCAUGUAUCCAGGGCUUUAACUGCCGUUGAUCGACCAGCUCCCUCAGAACGAGCUCCCUCUGAACGCGGUGGGUCAAUAGUCUCGUCUCGGGAAAUUCAACAAGCGCCUCCUCAAACCUAUGUCGUUCACACACACACAACGCAAAAGAAUGAUGACAGUAAAGCCGCUAAGACGAUUGUCGGUACGCUCAUCGGCGCUGCCGCCGGCGCUGCAAUUGCCUACGCCAUGUCUAAGGGCGAUUCCGAACAAAGCCCGGCAACAAGUUCUCUAUCACCAUCGCAGUUCAUGCCUCAAGAAUUUCGACAACUUUCUUCUCAUGAAACUUCGCCAGCCCAAUCACAGUUCCAGGACUAUCAGGGCUACCGAGCUAUCGAGGCACCUCCUCCACGAAGCGUUUACUCGACCGCAGAAUCUCGACCUGCGCUAACCCGAAGUGUAACGUCCAAGAACCCAUGGGCGAGCACAGUUUAUGAAGGCACAGAGUUUGGCACCAGAGGUCCAAAGGGAAGCGUAUACUACGAUGAAGGGGGCCGCCGCGCCUCAGAAGGGAGCAUCUACAACCAGAGCGAAAUCCCCCUCAGAGCCAUCGAAUACCCGCCCGCGUCUGAAGCCCAACAGUAUCCUGCCGAUGUAAGCACAUUGAUCAGUUCCUUCCGCGAAAAAUCGCGCAUCUCGGAGAAAGGAAGUGUCUAUUCUACCUCGACUAUCAAAGCAUCCAAAUCUCACCAUUCCCACACACAAAGCUCCCACCACUCCGUUUCAAAGUCCCAUACCGGAAGCACGGCUUCCUCAACACGAACAGCCCGCCAAAUUCCUCUCCCUGAAGGCUCUACGGUCUCGUAUUCAUCUUACCGCAGCGCCACUAAAUCUACGCCCGCCUACGAUGACGUGGAUGUCGAAACCCAUGUCACGCCUGACGACUCGAUUAGCCAGGUUGGCGACUCAUCUAGGCGCUCCUCGUAUUCACACCGAUCUCAUCACUCUCAUAAGUCGCAUGUCUCUAAACGGUCCAGCAAAUUCGAUGAACCCGUCAGACCGAGUGACAGCGUCAGCCAGGUAUCAAGUCAUGCUUCCAGACGCACCGUCAAGGCCAGCGGGAGUGUUGCAGGCGGCGGUUCAAUUGCUGGUUCAAAGAUCAGCUCCAGUCGGAGAGCAAGUCAGGUUGCGUAGAUCGCCCUUUGCCCGGAUUUCUCCGUCUAGCAUCAUUAUUUUCGCCUGAUUUUGCCCUCUUUUCACUUCCAUACUUAUAAUCACUGUUAUUUUCAAGCUCACUUGCCUAUACAGCUGUUGUCCCAGAACAUAGAAACUUUCUACUCUGCAUAUUGCAUGUCAGAACGCAUUUGUUACUUCCGUUUACUAAGAUGCGUCUUGACUUUUCGUUUCGGCAAGCAUGUGUUGCAUUAUAUAGACGAAAUAUAUGUCUCAAUAUUCAUAAAUCAGGAAUACAAGCAUCACCUAACAAUGA